AGCCAGCUUAUCAGAUUUGCAUCCUUUAAGGCUAUAUUCGUGCGACAAACUAAUAUCUAUGCCUCCAUUAUGUUGAGGUGGUCAUAAUGUUUACCAGGCUGAUGUACUCCUGGUCGUCAUCAUCACUAUUUGGUGUUAUUGCUAUCAGUUGUUUGCAUUCUCUAUAUGCAUUACCAAUCAAAGAAACACCCCCACAACAAUUCGGUUUAAUAUUCGAUGAAGAAAUUAAACAGAUACGCGAAAAAUUUCGUCUUCAGCAUGGCGGUGACUCCUCCUCCUCCAACUUUUCAAUGUAUUCCUAUGAAUAUUUCGACAAAGGUCAAUCCAUUCAUGUUACAAUAAGCAUUCCAAAAAGUGACUUAGAAUUUGUAGAUGAUUACAUUGUUAGACGCGUUACCUGUAUGGUUAAAUACAGUAGCCCUGUUCCUUUGGCUUUAUCGUAUGAUAUGGAUUUCACAGUAUCCGUGGAGUUAGUCAAUCGCUCUUGGCAUUGGUUACCACCAUCAAUGAAAGAGAAUAACAUCAAUAUCACUGUGUAUAUGAUGCCAAAACUAUUGGGCUUAGAUUACUUGAUAUUUUGGAUUCGGAAGGCUAAUACAAUUCCUGGAUAUGAUGUUCCUAUCGCAUGGUUUGCUAAUGAUUCUGAAUCUUUCCGCAAACAUUAUUUUAAUAGUCUUUCAGUGAAUUAUAUUUCAAAUGUUUCAUCAAAUAUUAUUCAAAAUAAUGACAAUGAUGAUGAGAAUAAUCCAAUGGGUUUUCCAGUUAUUGUAGUCAAAUACAAAGGAACCGGUCAUUUAAUAUUUCGUAUUUUUGUGAUAUUUAUGGUGACUGUAUUCACAUUUACUAUGGGUUGUGAAUUAGAUGUACCUUCAAUGCGUGAUCACUUUAAACGGCCGAUUCCUGUAGUUAUUGGAUUUUUUUGUCAAUUCGGUUUUAUGCCAUUGAUUGCCUUUUCCAUUGCAAAAAUUAUCCCCAUUAAACCAGAAUUUGGCUUUGGUCUACUGACUAUCGGUUGUUCUCCAGGUGGUGGAGUCAGUAACGCUUGGUGUCUUUUACUUGGUGGUGAUAUAAAUUUAAGCAUAGUGAUGACAUUUAUUAGCACAUUAUCAGCUCUUUUUAUGAUGCCACUUCUUCUCUUCGCAUAUGGACGAUUCUUUAUUGAUGUGACAACAGUGAAAAUCCCAUAUCUUAAUAUCGUAUUCCAGUUACUACAAGUAGCUGUACCAGCAUUAUUGGGUUUAGGUCUACGCGUAUGGAAACCGAAAUGGGCUACAAAAUUUACAAAACUUACACGUCCAUUAUUCAUUUUCUUUAUUGUCUUCUUUCUAACUAUUGGUACUUACAUAAACUGGUCAUUAUUUCGUCUGUUAGGUGUUUAUCCCAUUGUAAUAGCUACUGGAGCACUAUUACCAUGGUUUGGAUUCAGUUUAGCUGCAUUAUUUGCAUUAAUUUUAAGACAAUCACGUAAAUUGAUUGUUACAGUAGCUUUAGAGACAGGUAUACAAAAUAUUGGUGUUGCAAUUCUUGUAUUAUUGUAUUCAAUGCCAAAACCAGCGGGUGAAUUAGGCGCUAUUAUACCUAUCACUGUGGCUAUGUUCACACCACUUCCAUUAUACUUUAUCUAUCUAGGAUUAGUAAUUAAACGAAAAUGUUGUGACAAACAUAAAACUCCAACGCCUAGUGAUCCAGCUGAAAGAGAAGCGUUGAACAGUAGGAAGACAAGUAGUAGUGAUAGUGGAACUAAUGUAGUACUUGGUAAUGAUUAUCAUCAGACUGUUGUCAACACUAAUGGACGUGUCUAAAAGAGAAUGACACAGAUGAAAGCAAGAUGUUCUGUGAAUUCUAUGUUAUUUCUUAUUUUCAACCUUGUUCAGAUAUAAUAUACAUGAGCCGUAUAUUUAAAUUGCAAGAUUUUUAGAUGAAAGCAAUCACACUGCCAAUUUUUUUGCUAUUGUUCCUUUUUGUUGUUAUCUUAUGUGUUGUGUUUGUAUUGUAUCUUGUCCUGCCAUAUUGACUUGACCAGCAUAAUUGCUUCUCUUCCAUUUUCGCUAAUUUCUGAAUUUUGUUUCUAAUAUUUAACUCCAUAACUUUAAAAAAAAUUAAUAAAAAGUAAUUCAUUUUGUUUUUAUUUUGAAGACAAAUAAAGU